UUAAUUUGUUUUGUCACUUGAUUACAAGCCACUGAAAGUGUAUCAGGUUUUGUUUAAUACAUAAAAAUGCUUAUUUUUGUGUUUAUAACAUUCGUCCAAAUUCUUUGGUGUUCAGGUGCCUCAGAGUGGUCGUAUGAAAAUCAAGACGCAUGGCCCCCUACUUGCAAAGGCCAAGAACAGUCCCCAAUUCAAAUAAUAACGAAGAACGCCGUGGACUCAUGUCUGAAGAAUUUUCAAUUCAAUCGGGCCACUUCUGAAAAAAAGAAGGCGAAUGUGACCAAUACCGGACAUACAGUUGAGGUUAGAUUUGUGGAUGAAUCGAAUCCUCCGACUGUGUCUGGAGGUGGUCUUGACGGGACCUACGUUUUUGACAGUUUUCAUUUUCACUGGGCUGCUGAACAUGUGAUAGAUACACACAGGUAUCCUUUGGAGGGUCACUUCGUCUACUACUCUCAGAAGUACCCAAAUUUGGAAAGUGCUCUUAGUAACAAAGGAGGAGUGGCCGUUUUUGCAGUUUUUUACCAGAAAGUACCAUUCGUGUUCUGGAAUUCGGCUUUCAAUUUCGUUCGAGAUAUACCACUGGUGGCCCAUAAAGUGGAUCAACCCGUGACUGCACGAAAUCCUGUAGUUCUGAGAGAUUACUUCCCCAAAGAUUGUGGCGGGUUUUACCGGUACAAUGGUUCUUUGACCACUCCAGAUUGCAACGAGGUUGUUGUUUGGACGGUGUUUAAACGCACACGAGCUAUAUCAAAGUUCAACAAGUUGGUGCAAAUCUGGGAUGCGGAGAAUGACCCUGUGAAAAAUAAUUACAGAGAUUUGCAGCCACUGAAUGGGAGACGAGUCUUGGAUUCGUGGUGCUAAGAAUUUUUUGGUGCUUUUUCUUGUUAAUAAAGCAUAAUCGAAGUAAAUAAAA